UUAUGAUAUUGCUUGUUUGGAAUAUUAUUUCAUUGUUCAGUUCGCUUUUUGUAUUACAAGUUCAAUUUUUUCCCAGGACUUCCAAGAUAUCUUCAACUACUGUACUAUAUCCUUGAUAAUGAUGGUGGAGAUGAGGAAGAUGACAAUGAUGAUGAUUCUAAUUUUUUCUUUCAUGUUUCAUUUCAUCCAGGCAGCAAGGCGUGGGCCUACACAACAGGCACAGUUGACCGCGGAUGAGGAGGACUAUAGAGGUGCUUUUCGUGUGUACGAUGUGGAUAAAAAUGGCUACAUUGAUGCAAAGGAUGCUGAAGCUUUCAGAAAAACUGCACAGAGAUCAACCCUUUUCAAGGCAUGGUCAACAGAUGAUAUAAAUUGA